UUUGAUGAAGGAGAAGGAGAAUAUUGUAAGCAUCGCGAGGUCAAGGUUGACCCAGCGAAACUUCCAUCUUUGACUUGGCAGCGCAAGUUAAACUGCGAUGAUAUUUCCCUUUCAGAAUUCAAUCUUAAGCUGAAAGAAAUGGUAUCUCUGGUAUGUGAAUAAACUCCGAUUUUCAUGGUUUAACUGUUGGUGCAAACCUUCAUUUCACCAGAUUUAGCGGUUGAACAUAUUGAGAAAUAAUUUAGAACUUCAGGAGCUUAUACUUUUGUUUCCAGUGAAGCUGCGUGUUUUCGAGCCUUUAGAUCAAAUUAAGAGUCAAGUGAUAACCGUUUUAGCUUUUUGGGAGUUUUGCUGAUGUAAUCCUAGAUGUUGUGUCUAAGUCAAUCCUACUCAUGUCUCUAUGACGCUGACUUAAUUACCUGUCCACAGAAGUAUUUGAAGCAAACUGUAAUUUAAUUCCAUGCAUGAACUUGGACCUAGUUAGACGCAGUGGCGGAGCCAGAAAUUUUGGUAAGGUUGUUCAAAUGUUGACGAGUAUAUAAUUUUUUUUCGAUGAAUGAGUACAAUGAAAUUUUUUUAACACCAUCACUGCACACCUGCCUAAAAAUUUAUGAUCCAUUUGAUUUCGCAAGUUAUUCUUGAUAAAUUUCAUUGCUAGAAAACUCUUACGGUGAUUACAGUAUCAAAUGACAGCAACAACAAACAACAACAUACCCAGUGUACGUAAUUCCACAAGUGGAAAACAACAAGGAGCAUUCCGAGAAUGUUACAAAGCGAAAGAUAACGACUAAUUAAUUUUCUUUGCAAAAAAAAAAAAAAAAAAGAGAACAAAGUUGAAUAAUUAAAAUGUUCACAGGAGCAAUUUAAAAAAAAAAAAGAACAAAAUAAGUGGUAGCUAACUUGCUAUUAGAUCUCGUUGUCUUCUUUUUAACAAUACGACUUCUUCUUUUCUAGGAAAUAAGAAGGAAAGAAGAAAGACUAAAGAAGCUUCAACAAAUGAGUCCAACGUAACUCCAAACCAACAUAGGAAUAAACCAAAUGCAAAUCAUAACUCAAAUACAAAUAAGUUUAGUCGGAACAUGGAAGAAAAUAAGUGCAAAGACAAAUCAACCAAGUAGCUUCAGACAUUGUUUGUAUGUUUUCUUUUAAAGAAAGAAGAUGACCAGCGUUUGAUGCAAGCUUUAAACCGUGACUUUUAGGUAAAAUUGAACACCCUUUACCUCUAAGCUAUCUAUCUCAAUUAUUUUAAGGGUGUUCAAAAUUUAAUUUAUAUCCAGUUAACUAUAAUAUCUAAUUCAUAUACUAAUAUCAUUUUCUAGCCAAGGGUGUGCAGGUGACCACCCUUGGCCAUGAGUGGCUCCGCCACUGGUUAGACGUGUUAUCGAAUAACAGCAUAACUACAUGAAAAUGCAUGCACCAGGGGCCUAAGUUGGUAUUGUGAUACCUGUGAAGAUUUUCUUACUUUUCACCUUGAACUCUUUAUUUGUUUUCUUGUGGUGCUUUUUGUUUCUUGUAGGCUCCACUAGGUUUCCGUCUAUGGAGAUAUCUACAAGAAGAAAAAGCCAAAGGGAAGGAUGCUUUGUUUAUCAAUCCUUUCAUAAAAAGGGUCUACUCAUCAUGCCAAGGAGUUCCUAUUGGUGGUAUGGGUGCAGGAAGCAUAGGAAGAAGCUUCAAAGGUGAAUUUCUGCGCUGGCAACUAUUUCCUAGGAUAUGUGAAGAUAAACCAGUUCUGCCAAACCAAUUUUCCGUAUUUGUUACACGUCCAAAUGGUGAAAAGUACUCUACUGUGUUAUGCCCCGGAACUCCGAAGAUCUUGGGACUGGAAUCUAGGUGGCCAAAAUUCUACAUAUCAUGCUCUUUAUCCGAGAUCGUGGACUGUAUACGAUGGGGAACCUGAUCCAGCACUCAGGAUAGUAUGCCGUCAGAUCUCUCCUUUUAUCCCCCACAACUACAAAGAGAGCAGCUUACCAACAGCAGUCUUUACUUUCACGCUGCAUAACUUGGGAAAGACGUCUGCAGACGUCACUUUGCUUUUCACCUGGGCAAACUCUGCUGGUGGAGAUUCUGGAAUUUCUGGCCAUCAUUUCAAUUCAAAGUUUAGAACGGAAGAUGGAGUCCGAGGCGUACUCUUGCACCACAUGACUUCCAAAGAACUGCCUUCUGUAACUUUUGCAGUUGCAGCAGAGGAAAACGAUGCAGUUCACGUCUCUGAGUGCCCUUUCUUUGUGAUAGCUGGAGACUCCCAGGGAAUUACAGCAAAAGAUAUGUGGAAUGAAGUAAAAAAGCAUGGAUCCUUUGACAACCUUCAAUCUGAGGAAAUGUCCAUGCCUUCUGAACCGGGAUCACUUGUUGGAGCGGCAGUUGCAGCAUCACUAACUAUUCCAGCAGAUGAUGUAAGAAGUGCGACAUUCUCAUUGGCAUGGGCCUGCCCUGAAAUUAAUUUCGCAAGUGGUAAAACUUAUCACAGGCGCUACACCAAGUAUUAUGGUACUAUGGGUCAUGCUGCUGCAAAAAUUGCACAUGAUGCUAUCCAAGAGCACACCCAGUGGGAGUCACAAAUAGAAGAAUGGCAAAAACCUAUUAUUGAAGACAAGAGGCUUCCUGAAUGGUACCCAACAACUCUCUUCAAUGAGCUCUAUUAUUUAAAUGCAGGAGGGGCAAUUUGGACAGAUGGAUUGCCACCAGUUCAAAGUUUAUCAACUAUUGGGAAAAAGUUUUCCAUAGAUAGGUCUAGUUCAGAUGUUAAAGAAAGUGCUGAUCUAACCCAUUCAGAUGACACUGCUGUUCGCAUUCUUGAAAGGAUGGGCUCGGUGCUUGAGGAACUUCACACUCCUGUCUCAGUAAAUGCUGCUGUCGGGACAAACCUUCUUCUGAAGGGCGAGGAAAAUGUUGGCCAGUUCCUCUAUCUUGAAGGGAUUGAAUAUCAUAUGUGUAACACAUAUGAUGUUCAUUUUUAUGCAUCUUUUGCUUUGACUAUGCUCUUCCCAAAACUUGAACUUAGCAUACAACGAGACUUUGCAGCUGCUGUGAUGAUGCACGAUCCAAGUAAGAGAAUGCUCUUGGAUGAUGGAAUGUCAGCGACAAGGAAAGUUCUUGGCGCUCUUCCUCAUGAUAUUGGAAUGGAUGAUCCAUGGUUUGAAGUAAAUUACUAUUGCCUGUAUAACACAGAUCGGUGGAAAGAUUUGAACCCAAAAUUUGUUCUUCAAGUUUACAGGGAUUUUGUUGCGACAGGUGAUAAAAAGUUUGUCGAAGCUGUUUGGCCAUCUGUGUAUAUGGCAAUGGCUUUCAUGGAUCAAUUUGAUAAGGAUGGGGAUGGGAUGAUAGAAAAUGAAGGAUUUCCUGAUCAGACAUAUGAUGUAUGGUCCGUCUCUGGUGUGAGUGCUUACUGUGGUGGCCUAUGGGUUGCAGCAUUGCAGGCUGCAUCAGCCCUAGCUCGAGAAGUAGGUGACAAGGGUUCUGAGGACUACUUUUGGUUUAAGUUUCAGAAAGCAAAGGUAGUUUAUCAAAAAUUAUGGAAUGGUUCUUACUUUAACUAUGACAACAGUGGCAGUGCCGUAAGCUCAUCCAUUCAAGCUGAUCAAUUGGCUGGACAAUGGUAUGCUCGUGCAUGUGGUCUUCUACCAAUUGUUGAUGAAGAAAAAGCCAAAACUGCACUUGAGACAGUGUUCAAUUUCAAUGUCAUGAAGGUCAAGGAUGGGAGGCGAGGAGCAGUGAAUGGGAUGCGGCCCAACGGGGAACCUGACUCAUCUAGUAUGCAGUCAAGGGAGAUAUGGUCUGGAGUUACAUAUGCUGUAGCUGCAGCCAUGAUUCAGGAAGACAUGGCGGAUAGGGGAUUUAAAACUGCAGCUGGAGUCUAUGAAACCGUUUGGUCUUUAGAUGGCUUUGGCUAUGCUUUUCAGACCCCAGAAGGUUGGAACACAGAAGGCCGAUACAGAGCACUAGGUUACAUGCGUCCUUUGGCAAUCUGGGCAAUGCAAUGGGCAUUAAACCCACCUAAGCUUCCCAAGCAAGAGGUGAAGCCAGAAUUUGAGGCAGAUUCAUUGUCUAGGCAACAUGCUGGUUUUCAAACGGUAGCUCGUCUUCUAAAGCUGCCCAAAGAGAAAGAUGCUAGAAGUGUUUUUCAGGUCCUUUUCGAUUACACCUGUAAAAGAAUCACAAAUUAAAAGAGGCUUUCUGAAAGAACCUGCAUUCUCAGAUACCAGAACAAAUAUUCUUGAUCAAUUCCUUGUGCAUAUUAUAGUUAUUCUUCUGAAUAAGUGGUGGAAAAUGUCAAGUUAGAAAUGCUAUAUCUGUUUGUACUGGACAGAAUUCAUGUCGAAAGGCAGUUGGCAACUUUUGGUUUCAUAGAAAGUGAUUAUAUUUUUACAUA